AUGUCCAUCCGCGUUUCGGACAUGUUUGAUCUACUAUGGAAACCCCCAAGAGGACCCCCCGGAGUCAAGCGCCGCCCGCUUGACAAGAUGCUUCUGGAAAACUUCAAGCACUUCAGGAAUUGGGGCUUCAAAAUUUACCGGACUUACUACAGUGCCGAGUCAGACGAAGACUGGAACAAUCUUGUUAAUGUUUUGAGACAUCAAACCUCCCUCGCCCUUGGAUUACUCGAGUCGGAAGAGCUGCGCGUGGAAGAUGAUGAAUGGAUGAAGCGGUGCGAUGGAGGCAAGUCCAAAUGGGCGGACAGGGUAAACCUCAUCAGAAAGCUGUUCCGUCUCUUUCCUCGGGAAGAUGCAUCGUUGCUUGAUGGUAUGGACAUUGUCGGAGUACGAGAAGUGUGCGCUAAGGAGCACGCUGAAGCGACGGAGAAGAUGGCUGGCGCUUUCUUCAAAUUUGCACUUGUUGCAGAUAAGGCAGUUCUUAGGGAUGUCGCCAACGGCCGUUUCGUUGUCAAGGCAAUUGAUUACGAUUGGAACCCGCUCACCUCCAGAGGAAACCCAGGUAAGAUCCAGCUGUUUACAGGUGAUCUACUGGCGCUUUGGGGAUUACUUUUUGCCGCGCACUUGAUGGAUACCAACAAAUACAUGGAACUGGUAGACAGAGACACCGAGAAUGAUGUCUGGUUCGCCAAUGGAUUUAUGCCUCCAUUUGGUGACUGUUCUCAAGUUCAGAUUGCAAAAGACGACCCAUUGAAUACAAGGUUUAGAGUUGAUCCGUAG